CCGCAUCCCGGCGUCCGGAGUAUCCCGGCGGAGAAAGUCAAAAAAGAACCACACAGCGCUCUCCCCGUGGACGUGGAAGAUGUCCUGAGCGACGGCCGGCUGAAACCGUGGCCGGCGGUUUCCGAUGGUUGGCCGAGGGCGCCGUCCGACCUGGGGCGCCCCCUCUACCCCCCGCAAGGGGGCCUGCGACGGGGGGACUCACCACGGCCGCCUUCCCGUCUGGCUGUUGCUACUGCUGCUGCCACUACACCUCGCCUCACUCGUCGCGACGCAGAGCAGCUCUACGGCUACGGCGGGGGUAUCCCCGCCUACCGCGGGGGCACUCUUGCGGCGGCGGCAGCAGGCGCAGCCCAUCUUCCACAUUGGCGCCGUGGUGAACCCUCCGGACAGCACCAGCUACUUCGCACAAGCCAUAGAGGACGCCGUUGGCGAACACGGCAUCACGCUCUACGCACAGACGGUCCACAUGAACUCAAACCCCAUACGCAUAGCACAGAGCGUCUGCGAAAACCUCAUCUCCGCACAGGUGUUUGCUGUCGUGAUCAGUCACCCAGUGUCCGGCGAACUGUCUCCCGCCGCCGUAUCGUACACAUGCGGCUUCUACAACGUACCUGUCAUCGGCAUCAGCUCCAGGCACAGCUCCCUCUCCGACAAAAACCUGCACCGGACGUUCCUUCGCACGGUGCCACCGUACUCUCAGCAGGCCGAUGUGUGGGUGGAGCUGCUGCAGUUCCUCAAAUACCGCUGCGUGGUCUUCAUCCACAGCUCGGACAACGACGGCCGCGCCACGCUGGGACGAUUCCAGAACAAAGCCGAGCCCCAGGGCAUCAAGCUCGAACGAGUCAUCGAAUACGAACCAGGCAUCACCGACAUUACGCAAGAGUUGGAAGAAACCAAGGAAAUUCACUGCCGUGUGUUUGUGCUCUACGCAACUGCAGAAGAUGCGACGGGAAUAUAUUCCGAAGUGGCCUUUUUGAACAUGACAAGUCCAGGCUAUGUCUGGAUUGUGUCUGAACAAGCCCUCAGAGCGCCAAAUGUGCCCGACGGUGUGCUGGGGCUAGAACUAGUAAACGCAUCCGACGAGAGAGCCCAUAUACGUGACAGUGUUCAGGUGAUUGCCUUAGCCUUGAAAGAACUCCAGAAGGACCCCAACAUGACUCAGCCCAACAUUAGCUGCAGCAUGCUUGGAAACUCCUGGGAGUCCGGACUCAAGCUUGUGAGCUUGCUCAAGAAACAGAAGCUGCUUCGCGGGGAGACAGGACGCGUUCGAUUCGACGACAAGGGUGACCGACUCGACAGCGACUACGACAUCCUCAACGUGGUGCGUGGAAGCCACGUUCCAGUGGGCCAGUACGUCUUCUCCAAGUGGACCAUGAGCAUGGAGCUCGAGCUGGAGCUGGAGAAAAUGGUCUGGCCCGGGCGGCAGACCGAGACGCCGCUGGGUUACGUGAUCCCCAAGCACUUGCGCGUCGCCACCAUCGCCGAGAGGCCCUUCGUGUGGGUGAGGCCUGUCGCAGACGAGUCUCAGUGCCUGCCAUCCGAGAUACUCUGUCCAUGGACCAACAGCACAGACGGUACUGCGUAUCCCUACUGUUGCGAGGGAUACUGCAUGGAUCUCCUGAGAAGCCUUGCCCGUAAACUCAACUUUACAUAUACGUUGUAUCAAGUCCAAGAUGGGCAGUACGGAACGUUUGACUUCGUAAACGGGUCGACGUACAAACGUUGGUCCGGCAUGGUUGGUGAUCUGGUGCGCGGGGUCGCUGACAUGAUCAUCGCCCCUCUCACAAUAACCCCGGAGAGAUCGAUGGAGAUCGACUUCACCAAACCGUUUAAAUACCAAGGCAUCACCAUCCUGGCAAAGAAGCAAGACAAGAGUUCUACACUAGCGUCAUUUCUUCAGCCUUUCCAAAAGACGCUAUGGAUUCUGGUGAUGGUGUCUGUUCACGUGGUCGCGCUAGCGCUGUACCUGCUCGACCGGUUCAGCCCCUUCGGUCGAUACAAGCUCCCCAACAGUGAUGCGACGGAGGAAGACGCGCUCAACCUUUCCAGCGCCAUCUGGUUUGCAUGGGGAGUACUGCUCAACAGCGGCAUUGCUGAAGGCACUCCAAGAAGCUUCAGCGGCCGCGUCCUGGGAAUGGUUUGGGCUGGAUUUGCCAUGAUUGUGGUAGCCUCCUACACUGCCAACCUGGCAGCAUUCCUCGUCUUAGAAAAGCCCGAAUCUUCGCUUUCCGGUAUCAACGACCCGAGGUUGAGAAAUCCCUCGGAGAACUUUACGUACGCCACUGUGAAAGGCAGUGCCGUAGACAUGUACUUCCGGCGACAGGUGGAGCUGUCCAAUAUGUACAGGAUCAUGGAGGGCAAGAACUAUGAGACCGUGGAAGAAGGUAUUGAGGCCCUGAAGAACAACCAAUUGGAUGCAUUCAUCUGGGACUCUUCCCGGUUGGAAUUCGAGGCGGCUCAGCACUGCGACCUGGUGACCGCCGGCGAGCAGUUUGGCCGCUCGGGGUACGGAAUUGGCCUGCAACGCAACUCCUUCUGGGUCGACAAGGUCACGCUUACGCUCCUGGAGAUGCACGAGAGUGGCUACAUGGAACAGCUAGACAGCAAAUGGAUAAUCCGCGACGGCGAAAAAUGCGAAACCAAGAAUGAACGCACUCCGGCAACGCUGGGACUCACCAACAUGGCGGGCGUGUUCAUCCUGGUGGGCGCCGGUAUCGUGGGUGGUAUAGGGCUCAUUGUGAUAGAGAUCGUGUACAAGAAGCACCAGACACGCAAGCAACGGAGGCUCGAGCUCGCCAGGCACGCCGCCGACAAAUGGCGCGGAGCUGUUGAGAAGCGGCGCACGCUCCGGUCCACCAUGCCGCUACAGACUCGGCGCGUGAAGGCGAACGGCCGGGAGCCCUUUACCACCGAGCGGGGCCUGCUGGGAAUGCUCGAGUCGCCAGCAGCGAGCUCAGCCGCCGGCCGCCAGUACCACCACCAGGUGGCGUCGUCGGCGGGACCGCCGCCGUCGUCCUUCUUUCUUCCGCCGCCGCCCCCGCCGCCGCCGGCGUCGUCGCCGGCAGCACUGCGCAUGCGCACGGCGGGCCACGUCCGGUACCUGCUCAGGGGUGACUCGGAGUCGUACGACAUCACCGUUUGAUGAGGAGAGCGUCUUUCGCUUUUUCCUUAACUUCUUCUUAGCGAUAACAGCUGACGGGCGCACUUGUCUCGCCUUCGAGUCGAACCGUAACGAUCGUGAAUAUCCUCUUGAACCCCUCAAUUAAGGGGUCUUUACGACCUCAGGUCAUGAGGGAUCGUCACUUUGGCUUACGACAAGCCCUUCGCCGCAUAGGUGGUGGUAAACGUUCUCAUCAUCAUCGCUUUUAUUGAAUUACACUUAUCGCAACAUUUGUAGGCGGUCUUUUUCGCUCUAAUCAUGGAAAUAAGGCAUACAACUACAAAAUGAGCCGUUAUUGUCGUUUUUCGAGAUCAAAAGAGGACUACGCGGUUGAAUGGGAAUGUUGAAUGAGCACAGAUGAAUACAAUUUAGCUGUUCACCCUAAACUUUGGGCUAAGCAGGCUUGGGAUCACUCGGUGUCUGGAAACGUAGCCGUCUGAUGAGAACCUUCCGAUUAUAAUGCCAUCGUUUGUUUUCUUCAGUAACGGCUGAUAGCAUUGGGCGUAUUUGUCUCGCUUCCGGGCCGAACCAUAACGAUCGUUAACCUCCUAUUUAAACGGAAACACCCAAUAAUCAUACAUUAAUACAUUUAGGCUAUCUAAAUCAAAUGCUGAGAUCAGCCCUUUGUUCUUCCUCGUUACGCAAUGAGGCUGUUUUAGACAAAUUUAUUUUUCGCGGUUUAUUACCCUUUACUGUUUUUUUUUUCUUUGAUAUCUCGCUCUUAAGUCAUACCUCCAUAUUGAUUUCCCAUCUGUCCUGAUGCGUCAACCAGAGUCACGUAAACUUCAUUGACCUCGCCAAAAGGAAUGGUAAAGAAAGCCUCUAACGAACUUAUUUCGCACGUAAAGGUGUCCAUAUUCUUGUUCUUCCUGAACUACAAUCUGCAGGCCACACCUGUUUAAAUGUCGAGGUUUUACGCUUUGCGCUAUAUCUACAGUGUGCACCGUAUUACAGGAUUCAGUGCGCGCCGUGUGAAAGUUAUUUUACUCCCCAAAACGGCUCAUUCCGAACUGACGGUUUCUAAAGCCGUGCCGUACUGACACUAGUGCUGCCAUCUCGAGGGCGAGUUUCUAGCCUCAGUAUCGCAGAAAGUCGCCCCGACGUAUGUCUUUCAUUUUCAAUAUUUCAAGGAAGAAAUCUUCAGAGUGUUAUUUCCUCAAAGCCCGAGUACUGCGUUCCACGUAACGCCAGUGGUGUGCAAGUCUGACGCGGGGUGUAGUCCGUAAAUAACGACACAACAAAUGUAAUAAAAGAAAUUGAGGCCACAAUCACCAACGCCGGUAGUAGCUUUGGACAAGAGAGUGUUCAACUGUUUUAUGACGAAGUUGUCGCCGGUUUGUAGCUGCUUGUACAUGCUAGUCUCAAAUUAGGAUACCUGUUUAAGCCGAUAUGAGUCGUCUGCUUCGAUGAGAGAUUUUUCAUCUGUUGAAACUUUGAAUUUAUAUUUAGCAAAUUAUAUACCACCUAUCAGAGUAUGAACUUACACGGCGCCUACGAACAGCUACAUUGACUUGUUAGAGGCACUUAGGUGGCUUCACAGUGCAUAACAAAUGCGAAUUGACAUCAAUUUUUUCUAGCAGAGAAACCUCGCAUUGAAUCGAAUUGAUAUAAAAUGUACUGCAAACACUUACAUCGUUUCCACGAAAAUAGACAAAAGCAAGAAACACAUCGAAGCAGGUGUCCAUGCUUCAGUUUUCUCAUUUGUGCCCAGUACUUCGUUAUAGUUAUGUACAAGGGGCUGUGCACAUUAUAAGUAGGUGUGACAGCAAAAAUUUAAGUGCUGUAGCUAUUAACAAACGCGUUAGCCUUGACAAGAAAUAGGUGAUUAGAUAACUAUCCAAAACUCUAGUUAACGAUCGCGCGGACUUUCCGAUUUCGAAUAUCUGUUCGCAAAUAAGAUUGCACAUAACGUAAGGGCUCAAGUGACGAUAAAGCUUCUAGGCCAUUGUGGCAGACAUGGUCACAUGCUAUUCAACCAACAUGCGUUAUAGCUUCGAAAGUGGUAUCAUGUUACCAUAUUGAAACAAUGAGUUCUUGUGCGGAAUACGAUGGACAGAAUUUCGCCGUGCUGCGGAAGCUAAUUUAGUAACAAAUACACUGGCUGUGCUCACGGGUUGAAUCAGCCUUCAGGGUGGCGUAUUAAACAGUUUAUUGAGGACGUUAACAAAAUUAACAAAACUAUCCUAGGAUCUGCGCACUCCCUUGCUAUAAAUGUUCUGUAGGAUUUGAAAACAUCCUUCAUCGUGCCCAACAUUCAACUUAGCACACGCAUUCAACACGGUUAAACACGCUUAGCUGAUAUAAUCCCACCUAGCUGCUUUUGGCGAGGCCAAUGUUUACAGUAGAGUGAGGCAAAAAGAAAGAAUUCUUGUUGAAAAUCUUACGCCGCGGGCUGACGGUUUUCGAGCGUUUCAGUCCCUUGAAAACUCUGAAGCACAAUAACAAAUGUAUUGUUACGGUUAGAGCGUUCUAUAAGAUAUCCUCAAGAAAUAGCGCGAGUGAAACAGCGUAAUCCACAAAACUGCAUUUAACCGCUCGGUGCUCUUUGUCUUCUUUCUCUCAUUUCAUGCGAAUAGCUCAGAGUGCAGGUCCAGUACGUUUGCGCAGCGUUGAAAAAAAAAAGUUUCUAUCUUUAGGAUGAAGUGUUACGCGUAAUAUCGAAUGAUACUACAUAGCCGAACUAUAUAGAAACAGUAGCUACAAAUGCUAGGUUGACCUUACAGCAAGCUUAGCUUUAGCGUAUGCAUUCCAAGGGUACGAGUUAGUCGUAUGACAUUACGAACACAACGGUCGCAACGUUAUCGUUCUUUACGGGUCGCAAACGCAAAGACGAGCCAUCUUUAUGCUACUGUCGUGCUGUCUUAAGUGUUUGUUCAGACAAACGAAGUUUCGCGCAUAGGGAUACAAAUAGUCGUGUUUUCACUGUCCAUUAUCGGCUUCAAUGCAGCUAUAUAUCGUACCAAGAGAAAACGUUUUCGGGAAGAUCCAGGCAACAGCGCACUUCCCGGUGGAAGAAACGCUCGACAACACGAUGUUACCCGUUUUAUCUCUUCGGGAGUGUUGCCUUUAACGCGUGACGCUGGACGGACUAGUUACAGUCGUAAGGAGCCGAUAAGAUCUCAGGGCCUUCUACUAUAUGGUCGAUACAGACGCUCGCUCUUGCCUUUGGGGCCCGAGAUCUCCGCCUAUUUGGCUCAAGCGUGCCCACUGUUUACGCACGCCACGUAGCCAUAGCACUAUAUAGGAGCUAUACUCUGCGAAGUGUUUCCUUCGAGGUAUACACAUAGCACUUGAGAAAGAAAUUUAUGUAAGCGUGCUUUGGGUCGUUCAUUCGUACGUUUAUUUGGCGUUCUCUUCUUUUUUCAUCUAUUGCAGCGUGAGUAUAUCUUUGACGGAGUGCUUAUAGUAACGGCAUUGUUUUCAUGUAGACGCGUAGGGUACUCCCUCGUCGCUUGAUAGCAUGAUGAUAGGAACGAAGAGUAACAUUCAUAACUAUACAGUGUCACGACGUAACCAUUUUCCACAGUACUGUCCUGGCCCUGGGCGCCAAUCUAACGUCACCCUGAUGGGCGUGUUCUCCGACACGAAGUGCUUGUUUCUUGCUUGUAUCAUUUGUUUUUCGUGUCGCGCUUCAGCAAGUAAUACGCUGACUGCUGAUGGUUGCUUCCUGUAUGUUACACGCGUCCCAUGUCGAAAGGGAGAGUGACUGACGAUACGUUUAGCCACCGACCAUUUCAGCGAUGAAGAUUUGCGAAUUUACGUGGUUGGCCGCUUACAGUGAAUGAAAGAAGCCCUCAGUUUACCGAAACGUCAAAAAUAUUUACUGCAAGCAAGUGCGCCCAUUUCUGCUCACUUUCCAUUUGUUUCUAUGAUGACUUGUUUCGAUCAUUAUACAAUUAUCUUCUACCUUUUCUGCUUAGCUUUUAGAGAAAUCAUACGGAACAUUGAUAACUUAUGCAGGAAAUGAGAAAGGCAAUGUAACGCUCGUCUAAUUCAACUCCAACCUAAAAGAAGUAAUGAGAUAGUGCUGUUAUUUUUUUUCUUUUUUUUGGCUGGAUUCUGAUACAUAUUUGAGUUCGUCGAAAUAAACAAAUUUCCUUGGCAGUACCAGAAUACGUCAGUGCUGAACAAAAAAAAAGAAGCUCAAUAUCACUAUAAACGCAUAAGCAUUUCCGUCUUUCCCACGUUGCUCCGGAUAUGUCUGUAUAUCUUCAGCCAAUGCGAGCUGCAGUGUUUGUCCGGUUGCAAGAUCUUGCCAAGCCGAUCCGAUGGACGAAGCAAUGUCUCAACAUGCGUAAACAUAAAACAUUUUUCUUCUAUGGUCAUGAUUUCUGAAAGCCUAAGCACUCGGGAGAAUAGCCUGUAUUUACGGAGAGCUAUCUGAACGUGUCCUCAGUUCAAAUAUCGAAGUCCCCUUUCGGAACCCUCUGAAGCCACCAAUUCACAGUCCAGAGAAUAGGCUCUUAGACUGCAUAUUUCGUUCUUUAAGUAGAUAUUUUGUAGUCGAUGAAAGGUAAUGUCGAGAAGAAAUGUAAAAGGAGAAAUAUUUCUGUGCUGGUGGCUGACAAAAAAAAAUCUCAUUAAGUAACGUCAUAAGUUAGUAAAGUAGACAAAAUACAAAACAACAUAUGUAGUCUCGGUGCCUCCCGACCACUUCUACAGCAGCGAAAUGAGCUACUUUCGGAGAAUUAGUUCCCAGCACACAUCAUGAAGUACACUGGCGUUCCAAAUGAUUUUGUUCGGCACUGAACAAGCAAGGCCUUGCGGGAGAAUGAAUGAUCGUCAACAAAGUUAUUCGCAACCUUGUCCAGCUUCUCUCUCGUGAGCGGACGCCACUCUUUCAAUUCUCUGCAAAGUGAACAUGCCGUCAACGUUUACUAGCGUCAAUUCCAUAAUUGUAGCGUUUGCUCAAUAUUAAUAAAUUGUCUAGUUAGAAAACAUACGAAAAGUAAUCAGUUCAGUGGUUGUUUUCACUAAUUUCCUUACGUUCGCCGCCACUAAUGUGUUGCUGAAGAAAAAAGGCAUUAUUCCAAUGCACUGCCUCCGAGAAAGUUUCAUUACAUUCGUUAAAACAGGUAGUACGUACUACGCAGUGCAUUACGACGAUCAAAAGCUCUGUGAAUGUGUCCUCCGAAACAGAGCUUGCUUCCUGUGCUGGUUCGAAUGAAGUCUAUUUCACGUGAUUACUACUUCGCCAGGAAAUUUACGCAUCGGUCAAGGAUUGCGUGUUCAAUAGACUUGAAUCGUGCGCCUGUGGAGGCUUCGCUGCGGGUCAUCGUCGGUUUGGCACGACUGUACUCAAUGCCACAGAGCACCAUCAUCUAAUGACGCCACCUUCGCUUGUUCAAAACAAGCUCCUACGAAUACGUGAGCUUACGCUAUCGUUUCCGUGAAUAUACGUCUGUCAGUCAUGCCGUCACGCUGAGAAUGCUUCGCCGCAGUUUCGCUGCUACACUUAUCGCCUGCGGUGACGGAAUGGGACCGAGGGCGCGCUUCGAGGCGUGUGGUGAUAAAGCGCCGUCUUCGUUUCGAUCGAUUGACUUAUCGGUCGUAAUGAUAUUAGAAGGGCUGGCAUAGUUUCUCGCCAGCCUUCCAACAACAUUAGACAGUUAAUAAUCAAUAAAUGAGUUUUGACCAUGAGGGUGAGAAAUUGCGCACCAGCUGCACUAACUAAGAGCACUUACGCUCUAGCUAGUCACUAGCACUAGCCAAGAGCUGUUUAGGCACGACCGAAGAAAAGCUUCGUGCUAUUCUUUGGCGAUUGACAAUGUUUCCCCCUCAAAAGCUUCGGCUGUAAUGAAUCAUUAUGAUGACUCGUACAGAUAGCUGGCUAAAGCAACUACUUUUUAUUUUCAACUUUCAAGUAAGCCCGUUCUUUAUGCGGUGACACUAUACCCAAGUAUGUUACGUAGGAAACAAGCAUACACGAAAAAAAAAAACAAGGAAGCUGAGGAUGCUCAUUCCAUCUUGGCGUUUGCUGAGUAGCUGGCGUUGCCCAGAAUUGCACAGAAAGGAAUAUCGAAUGAAUACAUUCGAGCAAGUUCGGGCGUUUCACGGUGCUUUCGCAGAAGCCUUCGCUUUAUUUUCUGUGAAUAACUUUCUUGCACUAAAAUUAGGUUGUUGCAGUUUCUAAUGUAAAACUCCAGUUAUUCCGCGGAAAAUAUGCACGAAAGGUUUUCGGAUGUGCUUCUAAACAUUGUUUGCUCGCUGCUUCACGAAAAGGGAAAGAAAAUUCAGACUUUGGCAUUGUUAGCGUUAUGGCAACUUUACUCCACACAACGCACGCGCACAAACUAUAGCACUUAACGUAGAGCAACUUGAAGUAUUAAGCCAAUUUUGAACAUCACGUAACAAGCUCGUUGUUAACGCCAGUAGAUCUUUAAAUACUGACUUUCUCAAUGACUAGCAGGUGGGUACGAUUGCGCAGCGCCCGAGAAACGCACCACUUUCCCUCCGUAGCUAGCAGCCCUCAUGUUAGAUUAAGACGGCCGUGUUCUGGGAGACAAAGCUGCGUAAUAUAAGUGCAACGCCGCCUAUUCGUAAUUCGGUGUCUGCAAAACCUUAGGCGAAUUAGCUUCAAGCACCGCACAAUCCAUGCUUAAUGUGAUAGAGCCUCAAUGUUCUUUCAACAACAUUAGAGGUCUCUGCGCUGCUUUGAGGCGAAAAAAUCAUUAAGAGUGACAGUAAAAGGGAGGGAAGAAGGGAAGAGUUUAUGGAAAGAGGGAGAUCUUAAGUGCUGAGCAUGCAGUGGGCAAAUACAAGCUUCUUUAGUCUGUAGCUAAAGUCAAGACAAGAGGACUUCAUCAUCAUCGAUGUCCUCUUGUCUAAACGUUGACUCUGACCUGAGGCAUCCCUGGUUCGAUGACUAAUAAUGAAGAAACAAGAACGUGCUAAACAUAAUUAUAAACCAGCAUUUUUCUUGCUCUACGUGGCCGCCCAGAAAAUUUCUGUGCACUUAGGUGGUGGUAACUAUCAAGGUCAUCAUCAUCAUCAUCAUCAUCAUCAUCAGCCUGGUUACUGCUGAUGAUGAUCACUAUCAAACUAUCAAAGGUGCUUUCCCACAAAGUGGAUCUUUGAAAACAGGUCCUCUUUUCGAAACGUUGGCUCCAACCUGAGGCAUCUCUUGCUUGACCAUUGUUGAUCCAGAUCGAAGAAUGUUCUCAGUAUAAUCAAGAAAUCUGCACUUCCCUGAUUCAAGUAGCUAUUUAAAUGUCUUUCUGCGCACUUAGGCGAUGGUACUUUCUCACAAAGUACAUAUUUUCUGUCGCUAACGCGAUCGAUUCUAAACGGAGCUCGACGCAGUUAUCACCACCUGCCGUUCACCAAGAAGAGUUGUGCCCCUCGUCCUGUUACGUCGCUCGGGUUUUUUUCUCGCUGAAUCUUCAAGUGCUUUGUAUACGCUGACAUAGAGUGUUAUCUCAUUGCUUCGGCGGCGGCGGCGGCGGGAAACGCCUUAUCCCGUAUCGCCCGCUCCAUAUUACGCACGCCGCUUCCGCCAUCGCCGCCGCCGCACGUGCUGUAGUGGACGUAGAUUUGCAUACGGAACGUUUACACGUGCACAGACUGUUUAUAGUUUUAUAGAAAUGUUGUGCGUAGCUGCCGCAUCUUUCUCGCUUGUAACGCUGUAUUUUGCUACGUAGUUGCUACACGGCGGGAAACCGGCCUACAACGAAGGUGUUCUCUUCCUUUCUUUCUCUCUCUCUCUCUCUCUCUCUCUCUCUCUCUCUCUCGAGGUCGCCGUCGCGACCAGCAUAGAGAACUCGAGCAAUGGACCGAUCAAAACGUCCCGCGCGCAACUGCUCAGGAAACGGCUUGCGUCGGGACGCUAGUAGUGUAGUUUCUCACUGUUACCGCAUUUAUAUAACGUGUACUUUACCCGGUGUUCCUUCCUCGCUCUUUCGGUGCUUUGAACGAGAGGCCCUCCUCAUUUGAAGAUGGGUUUGUGAUUAUUCUAGCAUUCGGAAUGAACGAAAAGGGGGGGGGGGGGGGGUGCAUAAAAGGAGGUUCAACUAUGGCGAAUUGCCACAGGUUUGCUGGCUUAUAUGUAUCAAUACGUAGACAUGCACAUUUGUCAAAAGUGACCUUGUCGCACUUCGCAGGCAACCUUUUAGUUGGCUGGUAAAGUGAUGUCGCAUUCUGACAAACAUAUGUCUGUAUGCCGAAAUGUUGUAUAUAGAUACACGGCUUCGCGCCAACAAUUAUUAUCCAAGCUUGCUUAAACGUCAGCGUUUCCACGUAUAACGCUCGGCAGAAACUGAGUUCUGGACAUGGAGGGAAACUACCGAAAGAAUAAUGUGCAAUGGCAGUUUCAUUGCUCUUUACUGAAAGUGGCAAAGAAUGAACGCUUCACACACCGAACUGUCCUGAGCAGAAAAAAAUGCCAAGUAUUCUGAGCUCCGGUACCACCGUUAAAAAAAAGUGAAAACGGGCCAAAUUUUCAGUCAUAAAGGCCUCACUGCGUCAUUCAACGUUGCAACUUCUAUGACAAGUCAACAGUAACGAAUCAAUUGACAAAUCACAAUUGACAAGCCACCCAACUACGAAUGUGCAAGGGAACUGUCGCUUUGCGUAUAUUGUACCUAGCCGCAGAUGAAAUGAUAUGUGAAGGCAGUGACUUCUGGCUUAAGAUGACACGUGUCUGUGCAACCUGAACUUGUAUCAGCACUGACAGUGACGUUCUGUGUGAACUUUCGAAGUUAUAUGCUGCCAGUGAUCAGCGGUGCUACGAGCCAGAUAAUACGGUACACAUGAAAGACGCAACUAGAACUGAGUACAUUGUCUUCACGUAUACUAAAUACACAUUAGCAAAUAUCCUUCCAGUACUAAUGUAUCUUUAUUAAUGAGAUUAAAUUAAACGACGCUGAAAUGGAAAAAUUUGAUAACCAUUUCAUUGCCAAUUUUUAGCCUAACAGUAUAUUGCUAAAUGAUGAAAUGGUGAUAAGAUUUCUGUGUUAAGAAAACAUUCCGACAAUGAAGCAUUUUUCGCUAACGCGCAUAUAUAAUCAAUUUAACACAAAAAAAAAUUGUACGUUUUACAGUUCCUGAGACUGUACCCAGUCAAUAAGGCAUUAACAACUUAAUUUCGAAAAUCUGUAAUAAAAGCGUGAUAAGCUCAAAAGAAAUCAGCUGCAUAAAAAGCACACAGACAAAUAAAUAGUCGGCAUAUUCAGCCCAGUUGGGUCACCAAAAGCAUCGCCAGGUGAAGUUAAGCCGGUUCCCAAUACGACAACGAUAUCAACAUUAAAGCCGAAAAAUCAAAUACAAAUUUAAGAAAUAUUAUUGCACAAACUAACACAAAAACAUGCUGAGGGUCACUACACGGAUACAAUAUUACUUUCAUUAAGUUAUUAAGGCUCUUCAGAUGCCCGUACUUUGCUUUAAUGAAUGAAAUCCUCUUCGCUCGGCCUCUCCUACGCAUCUCAUUGCUCUUAACUGGGUGCAUUUUACGCUUCGCCUGUCACAUAGAGAGAUAGUGAAACGGCUAUUUCUUCAAGUGCAUCUGCAUGCGUUGCCAGCCUUGUGAGAGCCAAACAGAAUGUUGAUUGCGGUUCACUUGGCAACGUUCAGCAACGUGCGCAUCAUGUUGAGCGUCCUUCCAUCUAUCUUCUCUGUGCAAACUUGCCUCUGUACCUAAACAAGAUAGCAACGAGAUAAGAACAAAUAUUCAGACUUGUACGUGUGCAUAGUGCCACUUUCAUGCUAUCCUAACGAAACUACGCGUUUGCAUGCUGCUAUACACAAAAUGAUUUUUUUUUCUUGCUUGAUUUUCAUCCUUUCAUGCAUGAUAUUACAAGACUUGAUGCUGAAGUCCAUUCGUAAAAAUAUUACAAGAACGGUUACAAUGUUAAGGAAUCCAGAAGUUAGAACUCCGUAAUUGGCAAGGGUUGGGCGAUAGCUUACUCGCACAGAAUUCACGCGAAAAUAUACCAUGCACAAAUGGCAAUACAGCGGAAAAUCUCCACUAAUAAACCAUGCGAUUGAAAUGGCAUCUUAAUACUUUCUAAAACCAAGGACAAAAUAUGCGUGCAAACAGUAAUUACUAAGCCUAACAUGAAUCUCUUUAUAGUGAAAUGGUAAGCUCAGCAUCGCGAUGUUAAUUUUGUGUGUGUGUAAGGGGGGGAGGACGAUUGCACGCUCUCGUUCAGCACGACGCACAAAGUACUCCUACGUGUGAAUAUUCUCUUAGUGCUUAGAUCAUCUUGAACACCUUUUAAAAGAAUAUCCAUGUUCCUCUACGUCUGUGUCUACGUCGGUUUUGCGUGCUUGCUUUUCAUGCACAUGCAAAAUAUUGCAAAAAUGUGCGACCGUGCCAAACGAAGAACGCGGCGUAUUCGCGACGCCGAAGGUUCGAAUGAUGCCGUGGGAGGGGACCGCGUGACGGUGUUCUCGCUGUGCUCACGAGUUUGUCGAGUGUCCGCGAGAUUUGUGACUUGAUGACGUCACUGAUUUGUCGCCGCUGAGACGCGGCGGCGUCAUGCUGUGACCGCGUCUUGUCUGUUGAGCUGCUCUGAGCUGUUAGAUAUGAAAGGAAUGAAGUAAUAAAAAAAAGCAAUGUCUUGUUGGCAG